AUGGAUUCUUGCAACAAUAAAGACUUUUAUAAUUGCUGUAGUUGUGCAACUUGCAUUUUUUCUGAGUUAAUAAAAAUUGCUCUAUUAAUGAGUUUGAUGAGUAAUCCUUAUUUGAAUAAGUUACGAGAUGAUAUUUGUAAACUUGUGGAGUUAAACAAGUCAAAAGACAUUCUUUACUCUAAAAUGAGGUUAUAUGGCUGUAUGGAUUGGAAUCUUGCUAGUGACAAACGGAAGCUUCUUUCACCUCAACAUAUGGAUGAAGUUGAGACCCGAGUUAUAAAUUACUUAUCACUUUUACCUCUAGUUUAUCAAAGGCUUUUUAUUCUAUAUGUUUUGGUUGGUAGCAGUCCGUCUAUGACAAGUUCGAUCAGCUCUGAACUUCACAAAAAUUCACUACAAAAAGUUGAUUUUAAGACUCGGGAAUAUGAAUCUUCAAUACAACUGCCAUGGAAUAUCACCUCAAAAAUUAAGUCAUUUGUUAACGAUCAAGAAAAAAAGGCUGCACAUAAAACAAGAGGUAGCCCUUCGACCGAACUUCAAUGUACGUCAUCACUGUUUCGAGUUGAUCCACACUUUAUGAGAUACACAUUAGUACCAGUUCCUGUAUGCCCAAUUCAGUUGAGAAGUAAAAUUUCAGGUGAACCAAACUCUGGGUUAUUUAAGGAACCGCGGGUAGUUACAGGGAGUAAUGAUAAUACAUGUAGUCAAGGGAAAAAAAUGCAUUCUGAUUCAUCUGAUGAUUGGAAUGAUUUGAUACAAAAAUCAUGGGAUUCAAUAUCGUAUGAAAUGAAACAAGCGUAUAAUAAGAUAAAAAUACAAUAUGCUUUGAUGUUUGAAAGAAAUAUCUACUGUGGACCAUUUAGCAUUUAUGUAUUGUUAGAAAGGCAACCAAAUCAACCAUUAUGCAAACGACGUGUAAUACAUGUAGAUAAUAGAAGUCAUUGGUUAGCUCAUUGUGAAGGACGAUCUCAACAACGUACAAUUAAAUUUAUAGAUAUUACUAUGAAGUCAUUUUGUGAAAAAUCUUCAUCUAAUUGCAUUCAUAAACAAAAUGGUAAUGUUAAUCAAUCCGGUAGUACUGCUGAAUUUAUGGCACAUUUAAAUCGUGUUUGGUUAAUUGGACAUGCUGGAAGUGUAAAAACAUUAUGGUUAGAUAUUAAACUUCAAAUUUUAUUAUCAGGUAGUUAUGAUACAAGUAUUCGUUUAUGGAAUCUAUCUGAUAAUAAUAAUAAUAAUAAUAAUAAUAAUAAUCAACAUUGUUUAAAUCAACAAACAAAUCUAUUAAAUCCUAUAAGUUUUAGAAAUAGUCGAUCAAAAUGUAUUAGAAUAUUUCAUGGUCAUACAGAUACUAUACUUUGUAUUUGGUUAGAUCAAACUAAAUUAUGGUCAAAAUAUAAUAGAACAUCUGAAAAACGAUCAUAUUCAUCUUAUCAUUCAAAUAAUAGACAUAAUAAUAAUAAUAAUAAUCCAAGUGAUGAUGUUAAAAAAGAAGGAUUUCAAGGUACAUAUCAAUUUGCAAGUGGUUCAGUUGAUCGUACAUGUUGUAUUUGGAGAUUAGAUGAACAAAAACCAUUAUGGAUUAUGAAACAUUCAACUCCAAUCACAUCAGUAGGCUUAAGAGGAUACAUUUGUACAACUGGUGAACAUAGUGGACGUAUAAAUGUAUGGAGAAUUGGUAAUAAAAAACCAAUUUUAAUAAAGGUAUUGACUGGUCAUACUGAUGUUAUUACAGCGUUACGGUUCGACAACUAUCAUUUAGUCACAUCGUCCAGGGAUAAAUCUGUAAAAAUAUGGUCUAUAAUUGGAGAAUUCUCCGACUGUAUAGGUACAUUAGUGCAUACUGGUGAAGUGUUAUGUGUUGAAUUGAUUGAUUUAAGAAUUAUAACUGGUUGUUCAGAUGGUCGUAUACGUGUAUGGAAUUUAUUAACUCAACACUGUCAAAGAAUAUUACCGGGAAAUUAUCGUCAUGAUCCAAUUAUAAGCAUUAUGCCAUUGGAAAAUCGAUUAAUUGUUAAUACACAACACAAUAUAUUAGCUUUAAAUUUUGAUACUGUAAAAUGGGAAUAUCAUGAAUCAGUUGAAGAUAAAGCGGAAGAAUUUUGGCUUAAAUCAAUUAAGAAUAAAUCAAAUCAACAGAAUAACAAUUCAUUACACUCUAAGCCUAGUUAUGCUGAGUCAAGAUAUAUUAGAUCAUGUUUAAUUAAUUCAGCAGAUCCAAGAUUUUUUAAACAGUCAAAUAUGAUAGGUGUAAGGCGUAAAUCAGCUUGUCGAUCUUUAAGUGAACAUUCAAAGUCAAAUAGAAUGAGUAGAAUAUCAUCAGGGUCAUUGAUUCAAUCAAAUUCUAAUAGAUCCAAUGAUUUGUUACGAAAUAAUAAAAAGAAAUCUUUUGAAUUUGAGUUUUUAAUAUCACCACCAAUACCGGGAACAUAUGCGGUGAAGCACAGUGUUAUAAAACGUCCUAAAUCAGCAUUUGCAGUUACUAAAGAAUUAAAACAAAAAGAACAUGAACAAUUAUUAUGUAAUAAUAAUAAUAAUAAUAAUCUAUUCAAUCAAUCAAUGAAACAAAAUAUUUCAACUAUAGAACAUCAAACAAAACAAGUAAAGGUAACGAAUGACAACAAUACUACUAAUACUGCUACUACUACUACUACUACUAAUACUACUAAUAAUAAUCGUGCCAAUAUUAUUGAUUAUUCAAAGUUAUUAACAAAUCAAUAUUUCUAUCAAUCAUCUUAUGAUAUUAAUCAAUUUAAAUAUUAUUUAUUAAAACAAAUUCAUUAUUUAAAAAGAAAUCAAUUUAAUCAUAAACAAAAUGUUCAAUCAAUAAAAGAUACUUAUAUUGAUCUUGAUAUAAAAUAUAAUAAUAAUAAUAAUAAUAAUAAUAAUAUAGUAACUAAGUAUAAUGAACUAGAUCAAUUAGAUAUAUUAAUCAAUGAUAAUUUCAAUAAAUCAUAUCAAAGGAAUUCAUCAAAAAUCCAUAAAUUACGAUCAUAUUCAGCUCCUUCAAUAAAUAGGAAAUCAUCAGGUGUCUCUAAUUUCAAUAUAAAAUUCAUGAAUCAUUGGAAACAAGAUAACGAACAAUGUAUCAAUUUAAAUUCUAUUCAAUUACCAAAUCUUAUUGUAAAUUAUGAAACGAUUAAUUUAAAGAAGAAAUAAUCUAUCGAGGAGAAUCUUUACUGGAAGUAAAGUGAGGAACACAAAAAGAAAAGUAAAACUGUCACAGGACUACAAUAGUUUCAGUGUAUUUGAACGAAUAAUCCAUUAAAAAAGUUAAUUACAGUUUAGUAACUGAUUAUAAGAAAAAUUCUUUCUUUUUUCUUUUUACUUACUUACUUACUUUACUACACCUUUUACUCCCAAUGGAGCAUAGGCUACUGAUCAGAAUUAUUUGUCUAUCUUAAGUUUGUCUCCUAUUAGCCUUAAUUUGACACAUUUUACAUGGUAUAUACUCUAAAUGAAAUAUAUAGUUUUAGGAUAAUAAAAUGAAAAUGAAUGGGAAAAAAACGUAAGUAGA